UUUAAAUACAUAUCAGACACAGUAACUCUCGCCUUCCCACAUGAACCUAACAACUCUCUCAAAAAUGGCGAUCAAAAGAGAAAAGACAUCUGUCCUUAUUAUUGGAGGGUCCCUAGUUGGUCUCUCCACCGCUGUGUUUCUAUCCCACCAGGGCAUUAAGCCUAUUCUCAUCGAACGGCAUGCCGAUAGCUCCCCUCACCCCCGGGCAAUGGGUUUCCUAUCGCGCUCCAUGGAGGCGUAUCGCUCUUCUGGAUUGAAGGACAAGAUACCUCUUGCCGACCCCAACUUCAAGCUCGUCCGUACUCGAGUGCACAGUUUAGCAGGUGAUUGGCAUGAGAACUCUUAUUGGAAUCCCGAAAAAUCUGGAGCAGCACCGAAGAAGGGUGAGAGCGAAAUUAUGAACUAUUCAUACACUAUUGGAGCUGACGCAGCUCAGGACGAAAUGGAAGGGUAUUUCAGAGAAGCUGCACUUAGCAAAGGCGCUGAUCUACGCUAUUCGACUACAUUAAUCAGCUUUCAACAAGAUCAAAACGGCAUCACUGCCUUGUUGAAAAACAGAGUUGACGGGACUGAAUAUGAGAUUCGCGCAGAUUACAUGGUUGCUGCAGACGGUAACCGAAGCUUUGUUCGUGAGUCGUUGGGCAUCGAACGCGACGGCCGUGGGCAUAUGCAGACCAUGCGAAGUGUAUUAUUCAAGGCGCCCGGGCUCGAUAAAUAUCGCAAAGAUGCAGUGCAAUUUAGCAUUGACCAACCAGACCUGCAGGCGUUCUUAGUAUAUUAUCGCAACAGUCGAUGGGCACUAAUGUUCUCUGACGAGGUAGAGAGAGAUGAAACUGCCUAUAAAGAUGCCAUUUACAAGGCUAUUGGCGAUGCUGAUAUUACUAUCGAAAUCAUAACCACUGGCGAAUGGGAGUUAACCGCAUUAAUCGCAAAUUCAUACCAAUCUGGUCGCAUCUUCCUAGCUGGCGAUUCCGCCCAUACUUUACCGCCGAAUAGAGGUGGCUUUGGUGCAAAUACUGGGAUUGCUGACGCGUGGAAUCUAUCCUGGAAGCUAGCUUCUGUAGUGAAGGGACAUUCUAGGCCAGAGCUUUUGGAUACAUAUGAAGUUGAGCGACGACCAGUUGCUUUGUUCAGACACGAUCAAAUGUUUCUCCGACAAGACUACAAAACUUUCGCCGCGAAGGAUGGAAAAUCGGCAGUAGCAUAUGACGACAUUGCUAUUGAGCUAGGUGAAUUGUAUCGAUCCAAGGCCGUUAUCUCAGAUUCUUCGAACGAAGAAAUACCUGUAAAGCGACCAGAUGAGUGGAACGGAGAACCUGGAACGCGGGCAGCACACUGGUGGUUGAGUGGUGACAAAUCACGAAGCACUAUUGAUUUUUACGGAGAAAAUUGGGUACUAAUUACCGAAAGUGAAGAAUGGAAGGAUGCUGUUGCCCAAGUGAACGAUGGAUCGAAGUCGCUUAAGAUUGACUGCAUUCAACUUGGUGUUGACGAGAAAGUUGAGGAUCUGGAAGGUCUUAGAAAGAUUAUGGGAAUCACAGAUACAGGAGCUUCCCUUAUUCGCCCAGAUGGAAUUGUUGCUUGGAGAUCGCAGCGGUUGUCGAGUUUAAACUUAACACCUGCUGAAGAGCUGAAUCAAGUGUUAUCUCAGGUCGCAUUCUUGACUGAUCUUUCGUGAUUAAACUUUCGUUUGAUCGUGUUAUGUUACUAUUCCUCUGAUGCGGUUGUCGAAGGAUUCAAUAUGUGUUAUUAGGGAAAGAAGGAAAGAAUUUUGAUUUUGACCGUAGAUACCUAGAUAUGAAAUAAUGAUUAGCAAUGACUUUUUCCUUUUGGGUUCAUGUCUCAUCCGAAUUUUGGACACGUAUAAUCGCAGAAUAUAUUUAGG